UCGAAAGUCCUGCUCCCCCGCGUCGUAGGUUAACCCGGGGUCAAGCACCCUAGCGGGAAACACAUGCCCCGCUCCGAUCUCCCAUGGCGUCGCUGUCUUCCCACCAUCCUUUCUAAUCGGCCUGUUUGUGUUAUCCGUGGUGCGCGCUGUGGUCAUCAUAGCCGACAUGACCUGCGACGGCGUCCAAUCAGGAUGCUGCUGCAUGAUGAGAGCAGCGAUGCCGGCAAUAUGCGCUGUGGCCAUGGAGGUGCCUGAGAGCGUCUGGAACGACCCCGCAUCGCCAACGGCCUUCCCGGGAGCAGCGCCGAUGAGAGCAACCCCAGGGGCGAUGAUGUCGGGCUUGAAAAUCUCAUUGUUGGGUUCUCUGUAGGGUCGGCAAAAGGAGCACCCAUGCG